AUGGCGUCUCCAGCUGUCAAGAAAGCAAUCUCAGAGGCUGCGCUGCAGUACCAGAAGCCUGAGGGCAAGGUCUUCGAGUAUGGCACCGCAGGGUUCCGGAUGAAGGCUGACCUUCUCAACACCGUCGUCUUUGCUGUGGGCCUACUUGCUGGUCUGCGCUCCAAGAAGCUCAGUGGACAAUGGAUUGGUGUUAUGGUGACUGCGAGUCACAACCCCGCAGAGGACAACGGCGUCAAGCUGGUUGACCCAAUGGGCGAGAUGCUCGAGGCCGAGUGGGAGGCAUACGCUACCAAGCUCGCAAAUGCCCCUCUGGACAAAAUCGCCGAUGUCUACGAUGAGCUGGUGAAGGAGAUCGAUGUCAAGAUGACCAACCCCGCUCGUGUGGUCUUUGCUAGAGAUACUCGCGCCUCUGGCUCUCGACUUGUUGGCGUGCUGAAUGCCGCCCUUACCGCAACUGAGGUUGAAUUCAUCGACUUCAAGUACAUGACUACCCCUCAGCUUCACUACGUCGUGCGCUGUAAGAACACCCUUGGAACACAAUACGAGUAUGGCGAGCCCUCGGAGCUUGGAUACUACCAGAAGCUGGUAGACUCCUUCAAGAAGGUUAUGCGAGGCGUUAAGGUCCAGGGGUCCCUGACCGUCGAUUGUGCCAAUGGGGUCGGUGGCCCUAAGCUAAGGGAGCUCAUUAAGCUCCUUGAUACCCCUCUCGACAUCAAGGUCAUCAACGAUGAUGUGAUCAACCCCGACAGCCUGAACUUCGAGUGUGGUGCCGACUACGUGAAGACCAAGCAACGUGCCCCUCCCUCGUCUAAGGCCGGCCCCCUUGAUCGCUGUGCUUCGUUGGACGGCGAUGCCGAUCGUCUGGUCUACUAUUUCAGCGACGAGAGCAACGUUUUCCGACUCCUCGACGGUGACCGCAUUGCCACUCUGGCCGCUUCCUUCAUUGGCGACCUUGCCCGCAGCGCCGGAAUCGCCUCGAAGCUCAAGAUCGGCGUCGUCCAAACUGCCUACGCCAACGGCGCUAGCACUGAUUAUAUUGAGAAGGUGCUUAAGCUGCCCAUCAUCUGCACCAACACUGGUGUCAAGCACUUGCACCACGCCGCCCUGCGAUUUGAUGUUGGUGUCUACUUCGAGGCCAACGGUCACGGUACCGUUACCUUCUCCGAGAAUGCUUUGAAGGCCAUCAAGAACACUGAGCCCCAGUCCCCCGCCCAGCAGCGUGCCUUGGAAUGCCUGCAGGCCCUCACCGACCUGAUCAACCAGGCUGUCGGUGAUGCUCUCUCUGACAUGCUCCUCGUCGAGGCCAUCCUCGCUCACAAGGGCUGGACCCCGAAGGAGUGGCUCGGAACCUACACUGACCUUCCCUCGCGCCUUGUCCGUGUCGAAGUGAACGACCGCUCGAUCUUCAAGGCCUACGACGCCGAGCGCAAGCUUGAGUCGCCCGCCGGUCUUCAGGGCAAGAUCGAGUCCCUGCAGUCCCGCUACCACAAGGGCCGCAGCUUCGCUCGUGCCAGUGGUACUGAGGAUGCUGUCCGAGUUUAUGCCGAGGCUGCUAGUCGAUCUGAGGCUGAUGACCUUGCCACUCGCGUUGCUAACGCUGUGCGCGAGGCGGGUACGGACGGUCAGCAGGCUUAA